GCGGACAGGGUGUCCCUUCCAACCCACCCCUCCCUGCCAGAGCACACACUCAGCCUGGUCCCAAGAGGCUGUCAGCUCCAGGCCAGAAGCUGUGUUCCCCUUGUAAUACACAGGGGAGGUUGCUGGGGAGAAGGGGGACAGAAAGGGGGCAGGAACCCACCCCACACCCACACUGAGGACCCUGUAACCUACAGAGAUGAAGGGGACAGAGAAAAAGAAACAAAAAGACACACCGACAGAAGAAGACCUACAAGGUGGAAAGAGAAAAACCAAGAGAGAAAUCCAUGUUGAAAGGUCCUGGGAGACUGAGACCAAGACAGCCUGAGGACCCCAAAGCCAAGGCUCUCACUCAGGAGUUGCAGAGGGAGCUGCUGUAGAGCUGACCUACUACAGAAAAUCAUCAGCCCUCUGUUUUAGGGUGACCUUGAGACGCAAAACUGCUGUCCACGUGGACUGGAGCUGACAUUGCACGUCCAUCUGCCAGGACCCCUGCAUCCAAACUCCGAGACAUGGCAACUAAUGGAAGCAAGGUGGCUGAUGGGCAGAUCUCCACAGAGGUUAGCGAGGUCCCUGUGGCCAAUGACAAGCCCAAAACCCUGGUGGUCAAAGUGCAGAAGAAGGCGGCGGACCUUCCGGACCGGGACACAUGGAAGGGGCGUUUCGACUUCCUCAUGUCCUGUGUGGGCUAUGCCAUUGGCCUGGGCAAUGUCUGGAGAUUCCCCUAUCUCUGUGGAAAAAAUGGCGGCGGGGCCUUCCUGAUCCCCUACUUCCUGACACUCAUCUUUGCGGGGGUCCCACUCUUCCUGUUGGAAUGUUCUCUAGGCCAGUACACAUCCAUCGGAGGCCUGGGGGUGUGGAAGCUGGCCCCCAUGUUCAAAGGUGUGGGCCUUGCUGCUGCUGUGCUGUCCUUCUGGCUGAACAUCUACUACAUUGUAAUCAUCUCCUGGGCUAUCUACUACCUGUACAAUUCCUUCACCACGACGCUGCCAUGGAAACAGUGUGACAACCCCUGGAACACAGACCGCUGCUUCUCCAACUACAGCAUCGUGAACACCACCAACAUGACCAGCGCUGUGGUGGAGUUCUGGGAGCGCAACAUGCAUCAGAUGACAGACGGGCUGGAUAAGCCGGGUCAGAUCCGCUGGCCUCUGGCCAUCACCCUGGCCAUCGCCUGGAUCCUUGUGUAUUUCUGUAUCUGGAAGGGUGUUGGCUGGACUGGAAAGGUGGUCUACUUCUCAGCCACCUAUCCUUACAUCAUGCUGAUCAUCCUGUUCUUCCGCGGAGUCACGCUGCCAGGGGCCAAGGAGGGCAUCCUCUUCUAUAUCACACCCAACUUCCGAAAGCUGUCAGACUCUGAGGUGUGGCUGGAUGCUGCUACUCAGAUUUUCUUUUCCUACGGGCUGGGCCUGGGAUCCUUGAUCGCUCUUGGGAGCUACAACUCUUUCCACAACAAUGUCUACAGGGACUCCAUUAUUGUCUGCUGCAUCAAUUCGUGCACCAGCAUGUUCGCAGGAUUUGUCAUCUUCUCCAUCGUGGGCUUCAUGGCCCAUGUCACCAAGAGGUCUAUUGCUGAUGUGGCAGCCUCAGGCCCCGGGCUGGCAUUCCUGGCAUACCCAGAGGCCGUGACCCAGCUGCCCAUCUCUCCCCUCUGGGCCAUUCUCUUCUUCUCGAUGCUCCUAAUGCUGGGCAUUGACAGCCAGUUCUGCACCGUGGAGGGCUUCAUCACGGCACUGGUGGACGAAUACCCCAGACUGCUCCGCAACCGCAGGGAGCUCUUCAUUGCUGCCGUCUGCAUCGUCUCCUACCUGAUUGGCCUCUCUAACAUCACCCAGGGUGGCAUCUAUGUCUUCAAGCUUUUUGAUUACUACUCUGCCAGUGGCAUGAGCCUGCUGUUUCUCGUGUUCUUUGAAUGUGUCUCCAUCUCCUGGUUUUACGGUGUCAACCGAUUCUAUGACAACAUCCAAGAGAUGGUUGGCUCCAGGCCCUGCAUCUGGUGGAAGCUGUGCUGGUCCUUCUUCACCCCAAUCAUUGUGGCGGGUGUGUUCAUUUUCAGUGCUGUGCAGAUGACUCCUCUCACCAUGGGAAGCUAUGUUUUCCCCAAAUGGGGCCAGGGCGUUGGCUGGCUCAUGGCUCUGUCUUCCAUGGUCCUCAUCCCUGGGUACAUGGCCUACAUGUUCCUCACCUUAAAGGGCUCCCUGAAGCAGCGCAUUCAGGUCAUGAUCCAGCCCAGCGAAGACAUCGUUCGCCCGGAGAAUGGUCCAGAGCAACCCCAGGCCAGUGGCUCAGCCAGCAAAGAGGCCUACAUCUAGGGGUGUAGGGAGGCUCGCCGACCCAGCACUCUCACCAACCCCCCCAGCCUGGCUGAGCAUGACCACCACUUGAUGUCUGAACAUACCAUCUAUCUCAAGCUACCUCGAGUGGCGAGUCCAGACACCAUCACCAUGCAGAGAGGGGAGGUAGGGGACAGUCUCACCCCAGUGGGUCCUGCAUUGGGCAAAGAUACUCGAUGGCUCCGGCACCCGAGGGCCGGUGACCUUUUUAAUCCGGACCCCAUAAGCAUCAAGCAGUCUGCAUUUGUGACUGCCAUGGUAGAUCAUUUUUAUCCCGCCAGUGAGUGUGACGCGGUGAGGCUGCACCCUCCUGGCUUUUAGUUGUUUUCCUGACUGUUCUCUUACUGCUGAAACCCAUGACUGUUAUCUUGGACUUUGCAGGAGUUCGUUUCCGUGGAACGCUGCUCUGUACACAUGAAAAGGGCAUUUUGUAUAACAGAGGUCUCUGGGGAGAGCUCACUCUUAAGUAGCAGGGAGCCAGCGGAGCUCUUUCAUUUUUUAGUUUUCUCCUUCCCAAGGCAGCUUGACUUUAAAACAAGCCCCAAGGACCUCAGUCAGCGUUCCCAGACGUGCUUCCCAAGCAAUCUGUGUAGUGUCCUUUUUCCCUGCCACCGGCUGAGUGAGCAUCUCUGCAGCUAAGCUUUCCUGCCCCCUCCUCGGCAAGCCAUUCUGAUUGCACCUGGCCCUGCUCCUUGGAAAACUGCCACAAGCACAAUUAAUAUUUUUAUCAUCAUUCUGGGGGACCUAAGAUCCUGCUGGGGAUGUUCCCUAAUCAAAGCCCCAGUUUCUCUUAGGAUGCCAGGCUUUACAGGACACAGAACGGUUGCAGAGGAAAUCAAGGUCAAGUCCUGUCCCUGAGUCAAAAUGGAUCCAGUUAUCUUUUUUAAACUAUCUCCCUCACUGCCACCCCAUUCAAAGCUGCUGCCUUCUUACCUUUUCUGAAAUCCCCCAGUGGGAAUCCCCUCACUGCCACUAAAAUCUGCCCAGCCACUAACUGAGGACCGAGUGUUAAUCCAGGUCCCCACCCCCACCCCCAAAGUGCUUCCAAGAAUAAAACUGCUUCCUUGGGAAGUCGUUUUUGUUCUUUUCCGGAAUGGGCUCCGCAGUGGCGGCAAAUCGGCAAAUCGGGUAAAGACAGUUCCUUGCAAGCCCCAGUAACUCAGCGUUUCUCAUUUGCCAGGAAAAUGGGUUCCCAUGUAACAAAUGGUCUGUUGUGCCCUGUAGCUCCUUAGCUAGUUAGCUCACAAACUGUGUUUUACAAAUAAUCCUCAAUAACUAUGGUAAAUAACUUCGACUGUGGGUUUUUUAAUCUUUUGUCAUUCUCAUCCUAAAGUGACCAGUGACCAGCAUACCAGUUCUUGCAAUAAGGUAUUACCCUCAGAAUAUUAAGCACAUUAUUGUAGAGAAAAUAAAAAGUACUUGUAUACAUAUAAAUGCACACACAACUACACUCGUCCUCAUGCGUGGUAAAUAGGGUCUUGUUUGAUAUUGUGUAGGAAAUCUAAAACCUUUUCCUGAGGUCAUCUGUAAAAUAGUCUCAUUGCUAAGGCAUCCUGAGUGCCAGCUGGUGAGUUUAUGAUCAACUGCGUAUGUAUUGUUAAUUUAUAGGGCUUAGCCUGCAAGGAACCCUUCACUGUGUUUCAUGGUCCCACUCCCAUCCUGUGUGAAUUCCUUUAGAAUAAGGGCAGGAAAAUUUCAAACUUUCUCUUUGUUCUUCAAUGUGAAACUAAGACCAAGUCUUUUUAAGACAAAUGCAGUGUAUUUCAUGUCCGUAAGCACGUCUAAGUGCGAUGUUUGGCAAGAAAUCCCCUAACUGAUUUCCAUCCAAACCUACUUACAUAGCACAAUAUUAUGUGUCGUACAAUUACUGUGAGAACUGUGAAUAUGUGUAACUUUUUUUAGUAUUUGCCCUGGGGAGAAAAGAUAUUGUAUUAUCAUAUAUGCUUUUUUUUUUUUUUGCAAUAAGGAUUUAUUCUCUGAACACCAAGUAAAUCUAUCUCUAUAUAAAAAUAUAUGUAAUAUAAACAUAUUCAAACUAUAUACAGAGCCUGUUUUAAAAAAAUUACAGUAUUAUUUAGUAAAAUUAUCUGUUCUAUGGACCAAAUGUAAAAUAUUUAUAAAUGAAGAUGCAUUUUAAAUGUCUAUAAAUGGUGUCAUAACUAGAGCACGGACAUUAUGUACAUU